GACAAAUUGCGGUGCUGUUACGGCCAUUCUCUCUCCUCAUUUCACAAAAUUUUCGAGUGGUUUCCAGAUCGACAUUCUCAUCACCACCAUCGAGGUCUCGAGAUUUUGGGUCCGGAGUGCUUCAGGUGGAGCUUGUUGACCAAAGCUAGCUGAAAUACUAAGUAUUGAAGUAGUGAUGACGAAGCACCACCGGAGAGAUUCAAUAAAGUCCUUGCUUUGGAGUCACAUUGACCCCGACAAGGAUGAACAGCUGCAAGGGACCAAAAUAGAAGUAGAGCAUAAAGUGACAAAAAUCUUGAAGAUCAUCAAGAACGUAGACCAAGAUGGAGGUGGUGGGAGCCGUGAGGGAGACUCUGGGUUGGAACUAGUUGAACUCGUUGAAGAUUUGCAUGGACAAUACCAGACUCUAUAUGCCCUUUAUGAUAAUCUCAAAAAAGAGCUAAGGAAAAAGGUUCAUGGAAGAAAGGAAAAGGACAGUUCUUCGUCUUCCUCCAGCUCAGAUUCAGAGUCAUUUUAUUCAUCAAAGGAAGUAGACAGUAACAAUGGCAACUUGGAAAAUGAGCUCCAGAAGCAGACCGGCCACAUCAAGCAAGAACCUGAAGCUGGAAAUUCAGAGGGCACUACAAUGGAGGAAAAUAAAGCUUUGAGCUCGGAAGCUAAAGCAGGGGAUACAGAAGGGGAAGUUUCAACUCUGACUGAGUCGAAUAGAGCUCAGGCAUACGAAGCAUCAGCUCGGAUAGAGGAGUUGGAGAGCCAGGUGAGUAGCUUGCAGCUUGAGCUGGAAUCCGUUUUGGCCCAGGAGAGAUCACUGGAAGAACGGGUUGAGCGUACAGCAGCUGAAGCAAAAGAACAAUUCGAGGAAAUUUUAGGACUAAGAGCCCGGAUUUCAGAACUGGAAAUGACAUCAAAAGAAAAAGGAGAUGAUGAAAUUGAGGGCGGAGAGAAUGAUGCUUACGCUCAGAUUAUGGCCUUGACAGCAGAGAUAAAUACUCUGCAAGUAGAGUUGAAUUCUUUGCAGACCUCGAAGACCCAGCUAGAGAAUCAGAACAAUGAGUUACAAACCAUGAUUGCAGAACAACAGAGAACACUGCAAGAACAGGAUGACACGAUCAACGAGAUGAAUCAGCAGUGUAAACAAGUCAAAGGGCUGCGCAGACAAACCGAGAUGAAUCUCCAAGCCACAGAAAGGAAAGUUGAGGAAAUUGCAGGACAGUUCCGCAAGAAUAUGGAAGACAGUCUCCGCCUGUUGGCCCAGAGGAUCCGGGUUGCCGAGAGACUUCACUAUGAGAACAGAGACUUCUAUCGGACGACGCGGGAGGCGUUAAAGCAAGAACAAAAAGAGCUCGAAGAAAAUAUUGCAGCUCACAAAGCAGAAUUCAGGAAGCUGAAGCGUAUCAUAACGAUAACAAACGACACGCUGAGUGGAUUCGACUUGGUGGCUGAGAGGUUAAGCGAGAGCAGUGGGAUCUUCCUGAGCCGUAUUUCCAAAAUUUCUGAGGAACUUUCAUCUGCGAGGAAGUGGAUCAAAGGGACAAACAAUGAGCUAAAAGAACUGAAGGGUGAGAAAUUGAAUCUGAUCAAGGCCGUGACCCAACUGGAGAAGAGAGUGGGAGAAUUGGAGAAGAUGGUGAAAGAGAAAGACGAGAGGGUGUUGGGUCUGGGAGAGGAGAAAAGGGAGGCCAUAAGGCAACUCUGUAUUUGGAUUGAUUAUCACCGCACUGAUCUCCAUUCUCUCAAAAUCCUUGCAAAGAUGAGCUCCAGAAGACCAAAAACUACUUGGAUGAGGAAGCAUCAAUGGAGAGAAUCCAUAAAGUCUUUUUUUGGAAAUCACAUCGAUCCUGUAAAGGAUGAACAACUGAAGGGAAAUAAAACAGAGAUUGACGAUAAAGUGAAAACGUUAUUGGAGCUUAUAAAAGAGGAAGGUUUAGAUGAAAAGGAUGGGAACGGAGAUGGAAACUUGAAAAGACAACCACUUAUUGAACUAAUUGAGGAUUUCCAUAGAAAUUAUCAAUCUCUCUAUGACCGAUAUGAUAAUCUCACUGAGAUACUAAGGAAAAAAAUUCAUGGCAAACCGGAGAAAGAUACUUCAUCUACCACUAGCUCAGACUCAGACUCAGAUCAUUCAACAAAGGAAAGGAGUGAUAAAAAUGGAAAAGCUUUUAGCAAAAACCCAGAAACAGAGGAAAUUAUCAUGCAUUGGAAAUCUGAAGUUGAAAGGUUGGAUGGUGAAAAAACUGAACUUUUGGUUGAGAAUGGAAAUCUGAAGCAAAAACUGGACAAUGCUAGUAAUGUAGAAGCUGAACUGAACCAGAGACUGGAAGAUUUAAAUCGGGAGAGAGAGAAUUUAAUCAUGGAAAAAGAGACUGCUAUCAAAAGGAUUGAAGUGGGAGAGGAAAUUGCUGAAGAAUUGAAGUCGACGGGUGAUAAGUUGAAAGAUGAGAAACUAGUCCUCGAGCAAGAACUGGAAGCUGUGAAAGGAGAAAUUUCCAAUCUGGAGCAGCUAUUGGAAUCCACAAGGCAGGAAAUGAGCAGUUUAAGUCACACUCAUAGAGCUAUUGAGGAAGAAAAAGAUUCUCUAGCCUUGAAAAUUUUGGAGAUUUCAAAUGAGUUUAAGCAGGCGGAGAAUGCAAUGCAAGAACUCAUGGCUGAGUCAAGUCAGCUAAAGGUGAAACUGGGUGACAAAGAAAGUGAACUUUCAAAUCUCAUGAAGAAGCAUGAGGGUCAUGAGAAUGAAGCAUCAGCUCGAAUAAAGGGUUUAGAGGCUCAGGUAACAGGCUUGGAACUGGAGCUGAGUUCCCUAAGCACCCAGAGAGGAGAAAUGGAAAAGCUGAUUGAGAGUACAGCAACUGAAGCCAAACAGCUGGCGGAGGAAAAUUUAGGACUGAAAGCCCAGAUUUCACAGCUUGAAACGAUAUCAAAAGAGAGAGAAGAAGAACUUGCUGGUCUCUUGAAGAAAUUUAAGGAUGAUGAGAAUGAGUCAUUGUCUAAAAUAGCUGAUUUGACAGCACAGAUCAACAAUCUGCAGCUGGAGGUGGAUUCUCUACAAGCUCAAAAAGACGAAUUGGAAAAACAAGUGGUCCAGAACAGUGAAGAAGCAUCAGUUCAAGUCAAAGGCUUAACAGAACAGGUCACUGAACUGAAACUGGAAUUGGAAUCUUUACACAGCUUGAAAAUGGAAAUGGAACUCAUGCUUGAGAAGAAAACUGAGGAGAAUUCAGAAUAUCUUAUUCAGAUGGGAAAUCUGAAAGAGGAGUUGGUGAGCAAGGCUGCCGACCAACAGAGAAUACUGGAAGAGAAAGAGAGUUUAACAGGGAAGGUGAAGGACCUGGAAUUGGAGAUGGACUCCAUCCGGAACCACAGAAGCACACUGGAGGAGCAGCUAAGCAGUAAACACCAUGAGUACAAUCAGUUGAGAGAGGAAAAGGAGGGCUUGCAUGUAAGGAGUUUCGACUUGGAGAAAACAAUAACAGAGAGAGGGGACGAGCUCUCUGCUCUGCAGAAGAAGUUUGAGGAUACAGAGAAUGAAGCAUCAGCUCGAAUCGUGGCAUUAACAGCAGAGGUUAACAGUCUGCAAGUGGAGAUGGAUUCUUUGCAUGCUCAGAAAGGUGAAUUGGAAGAACAGCUGAGACGCAAUGGCGAUGAAGCAUCAGAUCAGAUCAAGGACUUGAUGGGCCAGCUCAAUGAAACAAAACAGGAAUUGGAAUCUCUACACAGCCAAAAAACCGAAAUGGAAUUGCUACUCAAGAAAAGAACUCUAGAAAAUUCAGAGUUCCUGAUUCAGAUCGGAAAUCUGAAAGAGGAGCUAGCGAACAAGGCUGUGGAUCAGCAGAGAACAAUGGAAGAGAAGGAGUGUUUGGUAUCGAAGGUGAAGGACCUGGAAUUGGAGAUGGACUCCAUAAGGAACCACAAAAGCGAACUGGAUGAGCAGCUACGCAGUAAACACCAUGAGUACAAUCAGUUGAGAGAGGAAAAGGAGGGCUUGCAUGUUAGGAGUUUUGACUUGGAGAAAACAAUAACAGAGAGAGGGGACGAGCUCUCUGCUCUGCAGAAGAAGUUUGAGGAUACAGAGAAUGAAGCAUCAGCUCGAAUCGUGGCAUUAACAGCAGAGGUUAACAGUCUGCGAGUGGAGAUGGAUUCUUUGCAAGCUCAGAAAGGUGAAUUGGAAGAACAGCUGAGACGCAGGGGCGAUGAAGCAUCAGAUCAGAUCAAGGACUUGAUGGGCCAGGUCAGUGAAACGAAACAGGAAUUGGAAUCUCUACACAGCCAGAAAACAGAAAAGGAAUUGCUACUCGAGAAAAGAACUCAAGAAAAUUCAGGGUUCCUGAUUCAGAUAGGAAAUCUGAAAGAGGAGCUAGCGAACAAGGCUGUGGAUCAGCAGAGAAUGCUGGAAGAGAAGGAGAGUUUGGUAGCAAAGGUGAAGGACCUGGAAUUGGAGAUGGACUCCAUCCGGAACCACAAAAGAGAACUCGAGGAGCAGCUAAGCAGUAAACAUGAUGAGUACAAUCAGUUGAGAGAGGAAAAGGAGGGCUUGCAUGUUAGGAGUUUUGACUUGGAGAAAAUAAUAACAGAGAGAGGGGACGGGCUUUCUGCUCUGCAGAAGAAGUUUGAGGAUGCAGAGAAUGAAGCAUCAGCUCAAAUCGUGGCAUUAACAGCAGAGGUUAACAGUCUGCGAGUGGAGAUGGAUUCUUUGCAUGCUCAGAAAGGUGAAUUGGAAGGACAGCUGAAAUGCAAGGGCGAUGAAGCAUCAGAUAAGAUCAAGGACUUGAUGGACCAGGUCACUGAAAUGAAACAGGAAUUGGAAUCUCUACACAGCCAGAAAACAGAAAUGGAAUUGCUACUCGAGAAAAGAACUCAAGAAAAUUCAGAGUUCCUGAUUCAGAUAGGAAAUCUGAAAGAGGAGCUAUCAAAGAAGACUCUGGAUCAGCAGAGAAUGCUGGAAGAGAAGGAGAGUUUGGUAGCAAAGGUGAAGGACCUGGAAUUGGAGAUGGACUCCAUCCAGAACCACAAAAGCGAACUCGAGGAGCAGCUAAGCAGUAAACACCAUGAGUACAAUAAGUUGAGUGAGGAAAAGGAGGGUCUGCAUGUUAGGAGUUUUGACUUAGAGAAAACAUUAACAGACAGAGGGAAUGAGUUAUCUGCUCUCCAGAAGAAACUUGAGGAUGGGGCGAGUGAAGCAACUGCUCAAAUUCUGGCCUUAACAACACAAGUCAACAAUCUGCAACAAGACAUGGAAACCUUGAUUGCACAGAAAAGUGAAUUGGAGGAUCAAAUAGUGAGCAAAAGCAAUGAAGCUUCAGCUGAAAUCAAGGGCUUAAUGGACCGGAUCACUGAGAUGCAACAGGAAUUGGAUUCUCUAAGCAGCCAGAAAACCGAAAUGGAAUCACAGCUCGAGGGAAAAGUUCAAGAAAAUUCAGAAUACUUUAGUCAAAUAGGAAGUCUGAAAGACGAGCUAGUGAGCAAGGCUGCGGAUCAGCAGAGAAUGCUGGAAGAGAUAGAGAGUUUAACAGCACGGUUAAAGCACCUGGAAAUGGAGAUAGAGUUGAUUCGGAAACACGAAUGCGAACUUGAAGAGCAUAUAAGAGCCAAAGACCUGGAGUUCAAUCAGUUGAGAGAGGAAAAGGAGGGCUUGCACGUUAGGAGUUUUGACUUGGAGAAAACAAUUACAGACAGAGGGGAUGAGCUGUCUGCUCUACAACAGGAGCUGCAUUCCUUGCAGAAUGAGAAAAGCCAAUUGGAGUUAGAGAUCCAAAGACAUAAAGAAGAAUCUUCGGAAAGCCUGACGGAAUUGGAGAAUCAGAGGAUGGAGUUAACCAGCAAGGUUGAAGAACAUCAGAGAAUGCUAAGAGAACAGGAAGAUGCAUUCAACAAGUUAAUGGAGGAGUACAAACAAUCUGAAGGUUUGUUUCACGAGUUCAAGAAUAACCUGCAAGUCACAGAAAGGAGGUUGGAAGAAAUGGAGGAAGAGUCCCGCAUUCACCUUGAAUCCAAAGCCCACAUAAUUGCUGAUUUUGAAACCAUGGUUGAAGACCUGAAAAGAGACCUAGAAGUCAAAGGAGAUGAACUCAGUACUUUGGUGGAGGAGGUCCGCAAUAUCGAAGUUAAGCUCCGCUUAUCAAACCAGAAGCUCCGUGUCACAGAACAAUUACUAUCCGAGAAAGAAGAGAGCUACAGGAGAGCAGAAGAGAGGUUCCAGCAAGAAAACAGGGCACUUGAAGGAAAAGUUGCAGUAUUAUCAGAAGUAAUUACUUCCAACAAUGAAUCCCAUGUCAGGAUGAUCACAGAUAUCUCAGAGACAGUAAACAAUACCUUAGCUGGACUUGAAUCCACAGUUGGGAAAUUUGAGGAAGACUCCAUAAACUUCAAGAACCGCAUCUCUGAAAUAGCAGGCGAAGUUCAGGUUGCAAGGAACUGGGUGAAGAUGGCCAAAAGUGAGAAAGAACAACUGAAGAGUGAGGCAAGUAACCUAGUGGAACAACUAAAAUAUAAAAAACGGAAGGAAGAAGGUGAGAAGGAGAGCCUGAUAAAAGCUGUGAGCCAACUUGAGAAGAAGGUGGGAGAAUUGGAGAAGAUGAUGAAUUUGAAGGACGAAGGUAUCUUGGAUCUGGGGGAGCAGAAGAGGGAAGCCAUAAGGCAGCUAUGCAUCUGGAUCGAUUAUCACCGUGAACGCUGUGAUUACCUAAGGGAAAUGCUAGCAAAGAUGAAUAUCAGAAGCCAGAGAACUUAG